AUGAAGUCUGGAUUUGCUCUUGCGGCUCUUGCCUUUGGUGGCAUGAGCUUUGCUCAAUCAACCGUUCUUGCCACUUCCGCUGUUGAGAUUGAUGGUCAAACUACAACACUUCUCGGCAACAUUGACCCUUCAGGUAUUGCUGCUAUCCCCGAGCCAGCUGUGCUUGGACCCCCGAUCGGUGUUGUCGAAAGCGUUGCUUCAGCGACAUACAACGAGGCCGCGGCGACUGCCUCACUUCUUGCUGCCGUUGUGGCAGCCACUGAUGCUCAAACUGCUGUGAUCACGCCCGAGAGCACUGCAAUCGCUGCGUCCAAGACACCGGUGCCUGUCUCAUCAGAGAUCGCUGCUGCUCGCAAGCGCUCCUACGUCGGUGGUCUUUCGGGCAACCUUCAACGUCGCGACUUGAGCUAUCCUGUAGAUACCUCCAAAUACAAUGUCCCUUCUGGCUACACACCAGCCUUCGUCAAUCUUCAGGGUUCUACCCAGGCUAACGGAUAUUUGACCUACAAGACUCUGUCAACCUAUGAUCCCCAGCAAUGUACUGCCGCCUGUGACCAAAUCAGCUCGUGUCAGUUCGCCAACAUCUACUACGAAAAGGAUCCUGACAGCAAGAACAACCCUGUCGACGUCAUCAAGUGCUCGCUCUACAGCAUGCCCCAAACUAAUUGUACCGCAACCAACAAGGGACAAUGGCGUGGCUCGUUCCACGUUCUGGUUACUGGAAGCAACGGCUACAAUAAGGCUGCUGUACCAAAGACCCCUGCUGGCUACUCUCUCCAGACUCUUCCCGCCGCUGUCAACGCUCCUGUCUACGAUAGCGCGGGCCAGUGGAGAUUCAUCCAGCCUGUUUACCUCACCUCUUACGACCCUGCUCUUUGCGCUGCCGCCUGUGACAAGCAGACUGCAUGGGACAAAUCUCAAGCUACCGACGACUGCAACUACAAGACUUGUGUUUAUGCAAACAUGUAUAUCUUGUCGCAGGACGGUAUUCCAAAGACCGUUGUUUGUGCUCUGUACACUGAUGUUACUGAUCCGGAAUACGCCGACAACUAUGGCUACUCUACCGACACGGAUUCUUACCAGGUCUCAAACUCGAUCGCCUUGACCAACACCACUGCUGUCAAGGCUGGCUACCCGCAAGUGUGCGCAGCUUCCUCCGGCGAUAUCUCCUACCUGAACUCGACUGGAGCUGAUUUCUGCACGAGCUACCUCGGAUAUGUUGCUCCCACAACCACUGUCAAGACCACAGUCACCCCUGAUGCCUCCACUGUCUUCGCCACUGUCACUAAUGUGGUCACUGUCACAUCGGUCUACUCUACCUCUACCCAGAUCGUCACUGCAGCUGCAGAGAACCAGAAGCGCCAAGCGAAUGUGAAAAUAAUCACAACAACAGUCGAGCUACCUUUCAUUACCGUCAGCGGCAACGAGACCGUGGUCGACUAUCUGACCAGCACUUUGACCGUCAACGCCGCUUCCACUUCUGGCGCCGUCAUCACUCCUGCCACAGUCGAUCCUGCAGCAACUGCUGCAGCUCUUGCCAAGCGUAAUGCUAUUCCUACUCCUUCUUCCAUCCUCCACUGGCCAUCUUCAAAGAUCUCAUCUGCUUGUUCGCAAAUCGCUACCGGUACCGUCACUAGCACACAGACCGUCACUGGAUCUGGAUCUGUUGUUACCACUGGCGCUACUGCACAGGUGACAUCAAUUACAUCCAUCGUUUUUACUAUCACUGUCACCGUCAGUGGCAGCCAGCCGACUACUGUCAGCUUGACCACCAGCAGCGCAUCAUCUGCUCCUACCUCCACUCCUGCUCCUGGCUGUGCCAAGACGGUCGGUACUCAGGGUCAACUCAGUCUCGGAGGCUAUUCUCUCGGUUACCUAACCCCAAUCACCUUUGGCUCCGACCCUAUCUACUGGACCCCUCUCGGCGGCUUCCAGGACGAGUUCAUCUACGACACAACCGGCGACUUCCUCUACCACGUCGACACCGGAUACUGCCUCACCCUCGGCGACCCCACCGCCAAUAAGUCGCCCAAGUAUGUCGGUAGCCCCUUUACUCUCGAGGCAUGCUCGUGCUCGACCAGCACCACCGUGACCCAGAGCUUCACCUUCAACCAGCUCAAGGUCAAGAGCGGCAAGACCCAGAUGACCAAGAACUGUCUUGCCAUCAAGGGAGAUAACUCGGGCAACAAGUCUUACUACCCCAAGCUUGUUGACCAGGGCGAUGAUGAGUACCCCUUCUCUGCUGUUUACGCCGGUACCCAGUUGGAUACUUGCAUCACAUUUGAGGCCGAUCAGUAG